AUGUCCUCGACCAGAUUCACGACGCAAAAGCCUACUACUGUUUACGAAUGGUGCCAACCGCUGCUACAAAUGAGAGACGACUACACCGAGUGGGAAUGCUUCACCCAUCCAGACCCAGAUGAAGAAGACCCUCCAACUCUGGACGAAAUCCAAACUCUGCGAGAAUUUGCUGAGCGUUAUGACUCAUCCGAUGCAAUUCCAGCAUACGCUGCUGCUCGCAAGCUAAUGUCGCUCACUGACGAGGACCGCGUGGUAGAUGAGCGCCAGAAUCCCGUCGUGGAUAAAGGCGAACGCGUUUCCUGGUUAUUAUGGGACGCUGGUAUGUAUAUGCCGCGCUAUCAGCCUGCCAUUCUCAAGAUUGUUCAGGCUAUUCGGGAACUGCCCGAGCUGGAAAGAACAGAGGAGCAGAUCUGUGCCGGUCGUUUCGAGAAUAAACUAGAGACCUGGAGGUCUUUGGAGGCUUUCGCAGAUAUUUGGUCUGAGGCUCAUAUGCGCCGUUGGGAGAUGAGAUAUGGCUCAUAUCCCUAUUACGGAUGGGUUGAGUUCCACAGUGCUUGUGCUUUCAAUGCGAACCAUCUUGCCGCCUAUCCCCCCGAUUCUCCUGACUCAACGGAGUUAACCAGCGCAUUACGACUUAUGGUAUUCGCUUUAGAGCAAGAUCCAUGGACUCAUGCACAAAAACCCCUGCCACCGCGGCAAGACCACCGCUUUACGGGUAUCGAGACACCUUCUGAUUAUAUCCAAAUGUUGAAUACCGAUAUACACGCCAUGGUUCCUUUUUUUGAGAUUGCUGGCCAUAUUAUCUUUAGUUUUAUAGGAAAAAGCCAUCUGUCCCUACUCGAAACGUUGAAGUUGAGUGGUUGCAAUCUAUGGCAGGGAGACUCGUCGUUCUCAAUGGAAAGAUGGGAAUUUUGGAGAAAGCGCCUGCAAUGGGCAAGUGUGCAAGAUGAUCUUAUGGAACGGACACGAGCAGAUGCCCAAAAGAUUUUACAGCUUAUGCAAGAAAUUGAAGAUUAA